AUGUACCCGAGCCUGGUAAGUCUCCUCAAAGAGCACCAACAGUCUAUCGACAGUCUGCACGUGUUGCGUGGUGACUCCCGCAAGCUCAUAUCCCCGAAAACGCGUCGCGUUACUGUUGCUUUCCGCGGACAAAACGACCAGACACAUAAGUUUGCGCAGUUUGCUCUAGCACUACCUACGCUCGAUUCGCUUUCGAUACUUUUCCUGGAGGGAUGGACCCUGGAAGUGCAUAGAUAUUGGGGCGAUGGUCACAACAUCAGUGCAUUUGGAGACCAGAAGAUUGUAGCGCGCACACUCAUGCUUGAUGGUUGCAUGCCUGACACGUUCGAUUCUGCCCUCCCUUACGUCUUCGAUUUGUCGCGAGUGACUAAGCUAGCUCUCUCAGGCUGCAAAUUGGAUCUACUGCAACAUUUAUCCAGCUCAUGCGAACUACGGAACCUGACGGAUUUCGGAAUACGCACCCCAGAACAUUUCGAUGAAACUGCAGGAGAGAACGCACGAGCGCUGUUUUUGAAGAACCAAAGUCUUCAGCACCUCCGUCUCCACAUCAAUGGCCUCCACAGUGUAUCUCUGGACCCCCAGGAUACACCAGAUGCUACACCAUAUCUGUGGCCGCUGCAUCCCAGGCUCAAAACGCUUUCACUGUUAGAUCUAUAUCGUGAGGGGGAUAACGAGCACUUUCCUUUUAUAGUUGAACCAGAGCUUCAACAGAUAUGCAGUCACUUUAGUGCCUUGAAACAACUCGGUUUGUGUUUCUAUGACUUCGAUAUUCCUAGAAGUGAGGCGGAGAAAAGGUUUUCCUACGUAAUCAAGAUUCUGGUGAGUUCAGACUGCUUCCCGGUAUUGCCUACUGCAGCGUUCAUGACCUAUCUUAGGAACCAAUCGAAAGACUCAAGAAUCUCAAGAUCCUACAUCUUUACCAGGACCGAGUUAGGACUGUUCGUCCACCCACUCCUCAAGUGCAUAUUUGCGAAAUUCAUCAAGAGUUCGCUACACGGUUCUUCCAAUGGGCGCAUCAUCGAUGUCCUUUACUUGAGGUUCUCAUUUGGGGUACUUAUGAAGAGAAUUUCCACCAAGAGGCGUGGCAGGUGA